GGGGGACGUAGUUUGCAGCCUGCAGCCUACAGCUUCGUUGGUGGCGAGCGGGAACCUGUUUCAACCCAUUCAGCAUCAACAUCCUCUCGUUUCCCGUCCCAAUCGCCUCAUCAUGACGGUCAUAUCCCUCUGAGCCCCUGCUCUGCCGCUCUUUUAGUCCUCCUACACGACUGCUUUCUCCAUCGCUCUGCACAUUAUCCUUUGGCCCAGACAGUGUCUCACAUGCCCUCACACCACUAUCGCUCGUGAGCGGUGUUGGCAGCCGUUUCAGCAUGCUGCCAAUUGGUUUCCCAGGAGGCUGGAACUCUUUGAGAAAGAAGCAAGUGUGCUUGCUGGCAAGAUAGAUCGAGGGCAUACAUCUCUUGAGAACAUGGCACCCACAACACCCACUGCGCCGCAAUUCCCUCGCUUAGAUCCUCCCUCGCCAUCUCGCUCUCCCUCUCGGUCCCCUCGGCGCAGAGCUCAAUUCGCCAUUCGAGAGCUCGACCCCCUUCUAGGAAAUUUGACGCCGGACUCGACUUUGAGGGCACUACAAGCGACAGAGACUAUUUCCGGUGGUGCUGCACAAGAAGAUGCUCUGACCUCGAGUAUUGCGGAUGCAACCCCCGCAGAGCGAGAAAUUGGCAUAAGAGCCGCUUUUGCCGCCCAGAAACUGCGGGAAUGGAAGAAUGAAUUGUCACAAUGGACAUGGCCGAGCAAGAAAGAGAGGGGAUUUGGUCUGGGAUUCGUCCCUCCAACAGUUGCAAGCGGCAAGCCCCAAGAGUACCGUGGCUGUUUGCCCGAGUCCGUGGCGGAAGACUACGAGGCCAGACUAGAGGAGAUUAGGGAUGACCUCGACAGCCUGGAUAUCGACGAGAUCAAGGACCAUGUGCUUGAAGCUCAUCUGCCCGCAACGAGUCCAACAAAGUCUUCUCGACCGGUUGGUCCUCGCUCAAGCUACGGAAGAAUGCGCGACUUUACUGCCCUGAUCACGGCGACAGUUAUCCAAGCCCUUCCAGACCUUGCCAAGUUGAAUAUGUUGCUUGACACCUGGGAUGUGCGGUUAAGAGUGCUAAGGGACCUUCCGAGGUUUCUCGACGUUAUGCAGUCCACCCAGUCCGAAAUUCAGCAAGCCUUUAAUGAGAUAAGAACCCCAGAUUCUGCUCAAACGCUGACUGGCCCGUCUCUGGACGAUAAGAAAGUAGCGCUUGGUGAGCGGGUGUCGGACAUGGGGCGUCGCAUUGAUCGAUUUCUCGACAUGCUUGAAGGGCGGGAGGAUUCGCUCCCACAGGCCUGGAUCGAUGUACUCGAGAAGAUCGAGCUCGAUUAUGCAACCUGGGUGGUCGAGGCAGAGCACCUUGUGCUCAGGAAUAAGCUGGCAUCAAAAUCUAGCAGAGAUACGGGGACUGAAAAUACUGUUGAAAGUCCAGAACAUCUGGAAUUCUCAAAUCCGGAGAGUACAUGGCCAGAACCAGACGGACAGCCAGAGGUUGCUCAACCACCUACAACAAUUGGCGCCUUACCUGAAGCCACGAUUUCAGAUAUUCCUCCAUCAGAAAAGGAGGAAGUCAAAACCAAGCGCAGACCUUCACUGAAGCUUGAUCUUGCCGACCAAAAAGGCCACAAACGUGAGGUUUCAAAAGUCUCGGUUGCUGAUUCAAUGUACUCGACAUUCUCAGACAUCUCCAACGCGGAGAUAAUGGACGCCAGGACCACAAGCGUCCUUCCAAGUCCGAAGAUCAGUGUUGUGGAGAGUCCUUUUCCAACGAGCCGCGAUGAGAUAGCGUGGUUUGGAUCACCGUCCGCAGCCCAGCAACAGAUGGCUUUGAAGCCGCCCAUGCUCCAAAGAGCGUCAACCGCCUCCAUAGAGGUCUUUCCGAAAGACAAAUUGAAACAAGUGGUAUUAAGACGGGCUGCCAGCUGGGACAUACUUACACAAAUGGCUGAGUCGCCUGAGAGUACUCCCACGAGGGCCUUGACGCAGUUGACAGGUGCUGCCGACUCAACAUCGAAGGCUCCCCCAGCUGGAAUGGAAGUACACGAAACUCCAUCACCGCCGACUGAAGCUUCGACAGCCAAACUUCCUCUCGUGCCUCUGCCACCUGAGGUCGGCUCUGUAGAUACGCGUUCGAGGCAAGAACUGCCUCUACCAGUCUUACCAAGAAGGUCGAGCAAGCGCAACAGUACAAUCGACGGCUCUCCAAUAACACCAGUCACAAGCAAGGGCAAUGAAGAGAGAGUCGAGGGAGAGCAUCUCGACACCCUGACGGCUAAUAUGGGACAAUCGCCGAGACGGCCAAAGACGAGAGAAUCGCUUGACGAAAGGAUCCAAGACAUCCUCACGAGCCUACCUACUAGGAUCCGGUUGGCAAAAGAUGCCGAUGCUCAAUCAUCAUCCACCUCGUCGACUCGUGCCUCCACACCCACUGCUUCGUUGACGCUAUCACCAGCCAAGGCGGAUCCGUCAAGUCGCAGAGGCAGCCUCGCUGACCCUGACAUUAAACUGUAUCAUCUGACACGCUCAGGGCAGGGUCGCGAGGCCCCUCCAGUCAAGCUCUUUGUGCGAACCGUCGGAGAUGGGGAUCGUGUCAUGGUUCGAGUUGGUGGGGGAUGGGCGGAUCUGGGAGAAUACUUGCGAGAGUAUAGUCUUCACCACGGAAGCCGCGCUACUGUCGAUGGUCGCCUUGAGGUUGCCAGCUUCCCUGGGAACGGACCCAGAGACACUAUGACAUCUGCCAGUGGAACGCCGGCUUCGCAAGGACGGCGAAAAUCAAGGUCACCUACCGUAGCCCAAACGGCGUUCGAGGGCACCCCAUCGACUGAGCUUGUUAAUCCCAAGACGCGGUCAUCAACCCAGAGACAUCGCUCCCCCGAGCAUCGCAAGAGCAAGGGUGACGGUACAUGGACACCGCCUCCAGUGCCACCUAUCCCCUCAUCUUAUACCGUUAGCUCUCCUGCAUUCACCACGGCCACUGAUCAUGACACUGGUGCUGUGGCAAGCUUCAUCGACCCUGACGCAGCAUUCUCAGAGGACCAACCUCAACAGCCUCAACCAAAUCCAGCGACUGUGUCCUACCCAAGGUACUCAACGAUCAUCAGCCCAGGCGGUGUCACGACAACGACGGUUGUGACUCCUCCCACCACAACAAAUUAUACUCCACUUGGUGCUGCUGGACCCAAAAUGAACGUGCGACGUGCAGCUACCUACGGGACCACACCCGCCGCUAGUAACGAUGCAUGGGUUCAGGGGAUGGUCGGCAAAGCCAGGGCAGUCAGCGGUGGUGGCGGCAGCUCCACUAUUGUUCAAGGGCCUAAUGGCACCACGACGACCACCACCACCACCACGACGUACACCUCCACGCCUCCUAGCACGGCUCGCCGGGCAUCGUCGUAUUUCGGUUCCAGCCCGAGCUCAAAUGCGAAUUCGAGCCCUGUGACCAUUUCCACCAGCCCGAGCACGAGUUCCAUUGCCAGUGACGCAAAGACUUCACGGCGGACGAGCCUUACCGCGCGAUCCAAGGGCAACCGGAUGAGCCUAGGGGAUAUUGGGGGAAUCAAGAGGGUGUUUUUGAGGAAAAAGUCUGAGGUGGCGAAGUAGCUGAUUUCCAGGCAUUUGGGGAGUGAUUGGGGUUCGGACGUUGUGUAUUUCUGCUCAGAUGAGUGCUUCCUCGACCUCCAGGCUUUGGGGAGGUGGCUGCAAAAUGGAUCAAAGGGUAUCGGUGCACAGUACAUGUCAGCUACACUUCCAGGGAGAAGGCUGCGAGGAGGCAAGGCCUGGGCAUUCGGGACAGGGUGCCAAUUGGGUUAUCGGCAGAAAGGGCAAAAGACACCCCAUAUAUGUAUAUUCCAUAUAUCCACUAAUGUUAUCUGUAAUACCCCUUCC